AUGGCAAACCCAUCCUCACCGCCUAGGAUCCUCUUGACCGGAGCGACCGGCUACGUUGGCGGUACAGUGCUCCAUCAUCUCUUCAACCAUCCCUCUUUGUCGUCGACAUUUUCCUCCUCUCCCAUAACCGUCCUCGUUCGCGGCGGUCCGAACCGCGCCGUGAAGCUCACCGCAGCCUAUGGCUCUCGUGUGAAGCCGGUCGUCAUCAACUCUUUCGACGAUGUUUCGACCCUCACAGCUCUCGCAUCCCAACAUGACAUAGUCAUCAAUGCUGGGUCUGGCUUUCAUCCGCCCUUAGCAAAAGCCCUCAUUCACGGCCUCGCGGAACGAAAAUCCCAGAUCGGAGGUCAGCCGGUCUGGAUGAUUCACACCUCAGGAUGCUCAAACAUCGCCGAUAAACCUUUGACUGGCGUCAACCGUCCUGAUGUGGAGUGGGAAGACGCUCAGGCCGAAAAGAUAUUUGAGUUUGAAAAGGUUGAAGAUGCCCGGGACCCGUACCCCCAACGCACAGCGGAACUUAUUGUCCUUCGGACCGGCGAGGAGCUGGGGCUGAACGCAGUUAGCAUACAGUCACCAUGCAUAUUCGGUUCGGGCUCGGGGUUGUUCAACAAGGCGGGCUUGAUGAUUCCGAUCAUGAUGGGAUACGUGCUGCAGAACGGAUACGGCCUGACUUUAGGCGACGGAACGGGAUGUAUCGACUACGUCCACGUGGCCGAUCUCGCGGACCUCUACGUCCUCUGCGUGCUCGACAUCAUCGAGCGCGGCGGUGCCAACGUCCCCACGGGCAGGAGGGGAAUCAUCUUCCCAACGGUGGGUCGGACCUUGACAAUUGCCAUCCCGCAGAAGUGUCUCGAUAUCGUGUUUGCGACGGGUAACCUGCCCAAAGAGGGCGGGCCGCAGCAGAAGGAGGUGCGAAAGGUGAGUCUCGAAGAGGCGGCGGAGACGUGUGCGGGAAACCUAGACGUUGCGGAAACGGGGUAUGCCGGACACCGGAAGACAAAGGGGACUGUUGCGAGAGAGAAGCUGGGUUGGAAACCUGUUCAUAUGGAGGAGGCUUGGAACAAGGACUUUGAGACAGAGUUAAGGGCGGCGCUGAACAGUCAGAGAGGGCUUACAAUGGCCACUUGCAUUGCUGGCACGAAAUGA